CGCGAUCUUGGGAAGUUGAGUUCCCCCAUCGUGAACCGCCCCCUCUCACCGCCCCGAUUCCCGCGUAUGGUCCCGCCGCGUAGCAUCCUCUCGGCGCCCAGAGCCCGGGGGGCUUCCUGCCUGCCAUGGCGAGCGGCAGCAGCCUGACGGUGGUAGCUGGCCUCACAAAAGCUCCCGCCGCUGGAGGUCUCUUCGCGCCCGCCGGCCGCCUGUCGGCUGCUUGCUCCUGGGAGUGCCGGGCGGACCUGGCGGGAGUCCUGCGCCUCGUCCCGGAGGGGGAAGCCGACGCCUGUGAGCCCCUGGGACCCCCGCUGAACGGUGAGAACGUUGUGGUUCUUGAAGGACGAUUACACAAUGGCAACGUAGCUCCAUGCUUACUGUACUUGCACUGUGACCCCCACGGUUCAGAAGAAAUUAUUGGUCUCGGCAUUGUCAGUGAGGCCCGGAACAUGGAAGUCUACGUUGGUGACGAGUACUGUGGAACUGGGAGAGGAGCGAAAGUCUUUACUGGCCAACAUGACAGCAAAAAUGACCAGGUUUCAUUAUAUCAAAAGUCACUUAAAUUGGAGUGUUCUGCAGCCUCUUGUAAGAUUAAGCUACUGUCCAUCCCUGGAAAACAAAGAGUCCUCGUCAGUAAAAUCAUAGUGCAAGUCAAGCCGGUCUGUAUGAACCCUGUGCCAGACAUUGCUGCGUUAGGAUCAGGAAUAGACUUGGGCAAAGUGCAAACAAUAGUGGAAUCUAUGGGAUCCAAAUUAUCACCUGGGGCUCAGCAACUCCUGGAUAUGGUUGUAUUUCAACAGAAGAAUGGUCUUCCAUUUGGAGGCAAGUUACAAAAUGUCUUUGGGAAAAAUGGAUUUGGGUUUGAAAACAAUCAUACCAUUGAUGGAUUGAAAAAGGUAGUUGAUAUUGGAAGAUUAGACCACUUGCCCAAUGGGCUAUCUCUUCCAAGAGCUCAUGCAGCAGCUGGAAUGGCUAUGGAAGAAUUAAAGAGGCACGCCGAUAUGAACAAACAGAUUCCUAAUGCAGAGAAUGUAUGUGAGACUCCAGGACUUCAGGCUCCACAGCCCAGCGCUGUACUUUCUCAGAAUGACUUCAAAGGUUUGGUCUCAUCCUUUUUGCAAGAGCAAGGAAGUGAAAAACCAAACGCACACAACUCCAUGCUGCUGCUUCCACUCCUUCAAACGGUAUGCGGUCAAGUAAAUCAGUUACGAAUAGAUGAAAGGAAUAAGCACUGUGAGAACAAAUCCGCAUCUGAGGAGGAUGGGAUUCAGACUUUGGGCUUGGAACAGCAGCCUGUUUUUCUGCACAUGGAAAAGGUCAUCGCCAGAAACAUGGAUCUGAUGGAGAAGAGAUUGAUGGACCAUAUUGAUCUGCGUAUGCAGAAACUUCAGGAACAUCUAGAUCAUAAAGUUGCUGCGCUGUUUGAUUUGGUUCAGAAUUCCAAUAAUGUUUCAAAAGAACAUGGUUCUGAAGAAUGCUCAGAUGGGAAGAGGUAA